GGAAACUAAGCGAUGAUGUUUGUACAAAAUCGAAACCCUCCCAUACCAUUUCAUCCGCCAACGAUAUCAACCAUGUCCGUUCCGAGAUCAACACCGGCUGCGGCUCUACUCAACUUGCUUCUCAUCCUCCUCCUCCGUGUCGGCCCAAUCCCAUCACUUGCCUGGAAACCCCACAUCAUCAACUUCCGAUCCCCAAAUCUCUACCCUGAAUCCUUUGCCUGGGACUCAUCCGCCCAGCACUUCCUCGUCGGCUCCCUCCACCAACGCUCCAUCCACUCCGUCUCCGAUGCUGGAGUUACUGAAACGGCCAUCUCAGAUCCCUCCCUACCUGAAAACACCUUAAUCUUAGGUCUCGCCGUUGACUCCAAAGCUAACCGCGUUCUCGCCGUCAUCCGCUCUCUAAACCCACUAUCUCCGUUCAACGCCCUUGCUUCCUACGACCUCCGCAGUCGCAAACGUCUUUUUCUCGCCAACCUCCCUAACGAUGAUAGCAUCACAACCACUCUCCCGGGGGCGAAUGACGUGGCGGUAGAUUUUAAGGGGAACGCAUACGUCACCAACUCCGCCGGUAAUUUCAUCUGGAAAGUGAAUUCUCAAGGAGAGGUGUCGAUCUUCUCCAAAUCCGCUCUUUUCACCCGUUAUCCGGUGGUUGCCGACUCGUUCAAGGACUGCGGGCUCAACGGCGUUGUCUACAUAAGCAAGGGUUACUUGCUGGUGGUGCAAUCCAACACUGGCAAGAUGUUCAAGGUCGACUCAGAUGACGGCACUGUCAGGGAGGUAUUGUUGACUGAGAAUUUGGUUUUGGCAGAUGGGAUCUCUGUACGAAGAGACGGCGUCGUUUUGGUAGUUUCCCCGAAAAAACACUGGUUUUUGAAGAGUCAGGAUAGUUGGAGUGAGGGAGUAGUAUAUGACAAGAUUGAGCUUGAUGAGGAGAGAUUUCCAACCUCAGUAACAAUGGCAGGUGAAGAUAGGAUCUAUGUGUUAUAUGGGAGUGUGGAGGAGGGUAUAAGUGGGAAAGUCGAGAGGGAAAUUUUCAGCAUAGAAGAGUUGAGAUCAGAGAAGGAGAAUAAGGAGGAGAAUGUUUGGAUAUUGGUUUUGGUGGGAUUGGGUUUGGCUUAUUUCUUCUUCUGGAGGUUUCAGAUGAAACAACUGGUUAAGAACAUGGACAAGAAAACCAACUAAUUGGUUCUGUAUUCUAUUUCAGCUGGGUGUCUUUGCUGCCCAAUUUGAGUGGGAAAUGGAGCACAGAGAGUUGAAUGCGUUUACUGGACUAUUUAGUAUUUACCAGGAAAGAUGAAAGAAGAAACUAUGUUGAUUCAACGGAUGAUGUAUGAUGCUUCACAGUACUGAAAAUCUCCUCUUGGACCUUCAUGUCUCAAGUCUCAAUCAACAAAGUACCUAUAUGUUGUUAGAGAAAAGUACCACAGAAGCCUAUGUACUUUACAAAAUGGUUUUGUUGAUCAAGCCUUCUUACUUUUUUCGGUUUUGAUUUCUGUGAAGUAGAUUAAUUAAAUUUUGAAGGUAGAUUACUUGAAUUCACUGUAUUUAGGGU